AUGGUGAACGUAAAGAAGCGGAAAGGUCGAGUCGUGAUUGAUUCAGACUCUGAGGAUAGCGCUAGUGACGAUAAUUUAGAUCAGGAGUUGUUGUCUUUGGCCAAAAGAAAGAGGGUGGAUUCAGGAGAGCAGGAUGAGCCCGUUAGCAAACCUGCUGCCUCCACAGACUCUGAGACAUCCGAUAGUGAUGACGAGUGGACAGUGGGUGGCACCAAAGGUAAAAAGAAAAUCAAACCAGCAAAAGGGUCUGAAAAGAAAACAACCACAAAGAAGAAGAUUCACAAAAGCACAGCGUCCGGCAGCUCAGGUGGAGACAGUUCCGCCGAAAGCUCGGCUCCAGAAGAAGGCGAAGUGUCGGAUUCAGAGAGCAACAGUUCGUCCUCCAGCUCAGACUCGGACUCUUCGGAGGACGAUGUUUUCCGGGACGGUUACGAUGACGACCUGAUGGGCGACGCGGAGGACAGGGCUCGCCUGGAGCAGAUGACUGAGAAGGAGCGAGAGCAGGAGCUGUUCAACCGCAUUGAGAAAAGAGAAGUGCUAAAGCGGCGGUUUGAAAUCAAAAAGAAGCUAAAGACGGCAAAGAAAAAGGAGAAAGAAGAGAAGAAAAAAAAGCAGGAAGAAGAGCAGGAAAAACGAAAACUAUCUCAGGUUCAAGACACGCCAGUGGUAAUGUCACAUAACAAAGAAAGAAGAUCCAAACGAGAUGAAAAACUUGACAAGAAAUCUCAGGCCAUGGAGGAGCUGAAGGCAGAACGAGAGAAGAAGAAGAACAAAACAGCCGAACUGUUGGCGAAACGCGAGCCUCUCAAGACCAGCGAAGUGUAUUCAGACGAUGAAGAGGAGGAGGAGGAAGACGACGAUAAAUCCUCAGUGAAAAGCGACCGUAGCUCACGGUCCUCGUCCUUUUCUGACGACGAGAAAGAUGAGCCUCCCCCGAAGUCACAGCCAGUUUCACUCCCAGAUGAACUGAACCGGGUCCGGUUAUCGAGACACAAGCUGGAGCGCUGGUGCCACAUGCCGUUCUUCGCCAAAACCGUCACAGGCUGCUUCGUGCGGAUAGGCAUAGGCAACAGCAGCAGUAAGCCAGUGUACAGGGUGGCAGAAAUUGUGGAUGUGGUUGAAACGGGGAAAGUAUACCAGCUCGGAACGACGCGGACGAACAAGGGUCUACAGUUAAGGCAUGGCGGUGACACGCGGGUGUUCAGACUGGAGUUUGUAUCAAAUCAGGAAUUUACAGAGAAUGAGUUUAUGAAGUGGAAAGAGGCUAUGAUUGCUGCUGGGAUGCAAGUACCAACACUUGAUGAAAUCACCAAAAAAGAACAGUCUAUUAAAGAAGCCAUGAAUUAUAAAUUUAAUGAUAAAGAUAUAGAAGAUAUUGUAAAAGAGAAAGACAGAUUUAGGAAAGCACCUCCAAAUUAUGCCAUGAAGAAAACGCAGUUACUGAAAGACAAGGCCAUGGCAGAGGAGAGUGGAGAUGGCGACAAGGUAAAAGUAAUCCAGGAUGAACUGAACGAGUUGGAGGAGAGAGCAGAGGCGCUCGACCGACAACGAACGAAAAACAUCUCCGCCAUCAGUUACAUCAACCAGCGAAACAGAAGCUGGAACAUUGUUGAAUCAGAAAAAGCUCUUGUGUUGGAGGGUCAGAACAGCAAAAACCAGCAGAUGGACCCUUUCACAAGACGACAGUGCAAACCCACAAUGGUGUCCAAUGCCAGGGAUCCUUCAGUCCACGCUGCUAUUCUCGCCCAUCUUAAUCAAAAAUACGGCUCCGGGUCUGGACCAGACGUUCCAAACUCAGAAGAGAACAAAGCUGGUGACAUGGCAAACUCUAAAGACAAAGAUUUCUCCAAACCUUCUACAGACCUCUCAGAAGACCUGUUCAAAGUUCAUGAUUUUGACGUUAAAAUUGACUUGCAAGUUCCCAACGCAGAGGCCAAGUCUUUGUCCGUGAGCUCAAAUGCUUUACCAGUGAAAGACGGAGCUCCUCGCCGCUCCCUGAACUUGGAGGACUACAAGAAGAGGAGGGGCCUGAUCUGA